CUCAGAAUCUGAGUUUCUAACUUCAGUUUUUUCAACCAAAUUAUCAGUUGUGUGUCAAUUCUUUCUUUUAAUUAUUCUUUUUAGCUUUUCCUUCAUCUAAUCUUACUUCCUUCAUCAAAUGGUUCAGUAAUCCAUCUCAAUUUCUCCCAACAAUUGGCUCAUUCACUUAAUUUUAAUGAGACCUUUUGCAGUUAGAAGUGACCAUGGCUGCAUCCAAGCAUAGUAGCAAAUCAAAGAAUCCCAUAGAAGAAGAAAUACACUGGCAAAUUGAUAAAGACAAGAACUUUGAAAGGCAACAAUGGUGGCCAGUUUCUCAAGAAACUUCCAUGUCUAACAGGCCUUUCAAGAUGAUAAAAAGUCCUGAAAGCCAACAACACUCUUUUCAAUCCUCUGUUUCAUAUAGUACUCCCACAUACUCUGUUUUUCCAUCCUCUGUUUCGUAUAGUACUCCCGCAUACUCUGUUUUUCCAUCCUCCGUUUCAUAUAAUACUCCUACAUACUCUGUUGUUCCAUUUUCUCCUCCAUCUUUAUCGUUGUCUUCAUCUAGUGUUGUGUUUCCUUUAGCCUUAGAUGGAACUCAGCAAUCCAAGGAAAGUUUACAUCAAAUGAGAUCAAAUAACACGCCUCUGUUUCGCCCCAUGCAUCAAGAACAUCAGCAAAUGAUCUCAUUUUCAGCUCAACAUCCACAAAAUAUUACAGGGCAAUUCGGCACUUUCCAGAACCAGCUGUGCCAUUUGAAUGAAACACUGAAUUCAAGUUCAAGUGGGAGUAUGAUGACGGUGAAUAAAUCGGGACAGGAAAACAGGGGUGCUCUGUUUCAUCCUUAUUCAACGACGAAACUCUACAGAGGAGUGAGGCAGAGGCAUUGGGGCAAAUGGGUAGCAGAAAUUCGUCUUCCUCGAAAAAGAACUCGUCUUUGGCUUGGAACUUUUGACACUGCUGAAGAUGCAGCCAUGGCUUAUGAUCGCGAGGCGUAUAAGUUGAGAGGAGACGAUGCUAAGCUGAAUUUCCCUGAACUUUUUCUUGAUAAACAUAAACGGAAUACCCCCGAAUUGCAAAUUUCCCAUCAACCACAACCUGAAGGUGAGAAUUUAGAAGAGGACUCGGGAAUCGGGUCGAGUGAGGUUAUAACUGGUGAUGGAGUUCAAGGGAAUGUGGAGAAUUCUGAUACGUCGUCGCAAUUACUCCUAUCUGAUUUCGAGGCUUGGUUUAAUGCAAUUCCAGAAGAUUCGGGUCCAGGAAGUCCUUUUUGGGAUGAUUCGCACUUUGGGAAUGUCCAUUAUAAUUCUAGUCCUGCUAAACAACCGGAAAAGACUAGACCAUACGAGUACUUCCCUGGGGGUUACCAAUUCUAGUACUACUCUCGUCCAACCACGCUUUAACUUUGGAGCUCUGAUGGGAUCUAGUACGUUAGUGGUAUGAUCACAUUCCCCCGGCCAUCCUACCCUCCUAGCCAAGAGCCUGCGACAAUUCAAUGAAUUGUCUUGUGUUACUAAGCUUCAAGACGUUCACUGAAUCAUCCGUCACAAUGUUUUCAUACAUUCAUUCACUAGAGGAACUUGCGUUAGGCUCAUAUGUCAUUUGAUGAUUUACCCACCAUCGUUCUUCCUAGCUUCUCUCUUCUCAACCCCGUUUUAAUUAUCCGUCUUUCGAUCAAUAUUUCCAUCAUCUUCUCGAUUUCUUUCACGGGUUGCAUAUUUUUGGUCAGGCCUGUGAAAUUAGUUCACCAUUCCAUCUCUGUUUCAUCUAUUUUCUCACUGGUUACCAGAUUUUUCAUGGAACAACCUGUGUUUACUCUUUGGAGAGCCUUUUAACUCUUCAAUUUAUUUCCCCUUAGCCUUUUAUUGAUUGCCAAAUUUUGGAUUUUCAAUUAAUUUUCCUUCUUCCACCAGAAUCAUCAUCUGCAAAAUGGCUGCAUAUUUUAUGCCUUUCUUGCAACGUGGUACUUUCAUUAAUAUAUCUAGUUGUGUGUUUUAUUAUGUUUUCAGCUUCUCUAGUUUGGGAGAUGGUUUUUUGAUAUCCUACUAUUGAUGGAGUACUUCUUACUGUUUUCAGAUUUGUGUGUUGUUUUCUGUAAAAUAUCAGUUCAGAAGUUAU